UAUUCAGUCUUUCAAAUCUGUCUGUCUCAGAAAUCUGUCUUUCUCACUAUCGUAAAACUGUUCUUGUGAAUCGUCCGCAACUAUAUUACAUGAUACUGGACGUUAAAAGAAAAAGAAGAAGAGUAAGAGAUAUAGAAAAUAAGAGACACAAGUAAUUUUGAAUUUGAAACCGAAUGUUCAAAUAAUCACGUUAAAUGUUACAACUUUUGCGAAGAAACUAUCAGAGAUAAUAAAAACAAGUGUUAAUAAAUUUAUCGAGCUAUUGUGCUCAUAUUUCGUAAUUCAUAAGAGUGAAAUGAUAGUUGCAAAGAGGAACGGUAGAACACCAGAAAUGACAGCUUUAACGACUAAUAGCGUAGAAGAGACCGAAAAGAAAGAUCGGAACCUGACAAGAAUUGAUCAUCAAUUGAUUUGUGAGCUGGACGAUGAUAUUAAAUUGGAGGAUCUGGCACCAGACGGUGGUUGGGGGUGGAUGGUGGCUUUGGCGAUGAUCAUCGUUCUUGUGACGACGCUUGGACCGGCCUCGUCUUUCGCCAUAAUUUUCGGUGAUUUUCUCGUGACUACUGGUCAGACUGGAACUGCCAUGACGCUCUUUAAUUCAGUCUUUAUGAUCACUUUCUCCAUCUCUAGUUUAUUAACGAAUGCAUUGUUGAAGAAAUAUUCGAUGAGACCGGUUGGAAUCGCUGGUGCGAUGUUCUUCUCCAUACCAAAUGUCGCAUUGGCAUUCGUUAACAAUGUCUACCAAAUGGCUUUCAUAUUCUUUCUUCAAGGGAUCGGAAUAGGCCUUCUUAUUACGAUAUGUAACACGAAUUUCAACGCUUACUUUGUGAAGAAACGUACCCGAGUAAUGAGUCUGGCUCAAACGAUCAUCGGUAUGGGUGGCAUCGCUUAUCCCAUUUGUAUUGAGAAAAUGAUGUCAAUGUACGGUUUUCGAGGAACCGCAGCGUUGACAGGUGCUUUCAGCCUGAAUUGCAUUGCCGGUAUGACGAUGAUGCAUCCGGUCGAGUGGCAUGCUAGAGAUCCGACGGAGGUUCGUGCAGAGAGAAUUCGGGAGGCUGAUGAGAGAAAAUCGAAAGGAUUUGCUAUAUCAGAACGACGUUCGACCAUUCAUGUCCAUCAGGAGUCUGUAUCAACCAGGAGGUGCAGUUUACGUAGCUUAAAGGAGGAAAGUUCAAAGGAAGUUCCUCUGCUAAUUGAUACUUACAAGACUCAUGCAAAAAAAGUUGCAUCAAUAUCCGAGCUCGAAGGUCUUCGCGUGAGAUCGUGGUCUUUGUCGGCACGGGAAGCUUUGACUAGAAAAUUCUCUGCUCUUUCGGCAUCGAGUUUGACAAAUUUGGCCAGUGGUGUCGGAGCUCUUACAGAUAUCAGACACAAUCGUUUGGAUAAAAUCACGAAGGUGGCCGAUCAAAAACAACGAGAUGAACACGAGGAUGAACAGACAUUAUCAAUGUCUAAUAUGUUAUCCGAUCUUUUGGAGGUGUCUUUGAUAAAGGAUCGUUCCUUUUUGAACCUAUGUUUUGGCAUUAGUUUUGUUUUUACGAGCGAUUUUACAUUUAGUUCAUUACUGCCAUUAAUGUUGACCAAUUAUGGGUAUGAUACAAGCGAUGCCGCUUUGGCUGUUAUGGUUGGUGCUACAGCCGAAUUGAUUUCAAGAAUUUUACUUGCUAUUUUCACCGUUUUCGUCAACGUCAAAGCCAAGUACUUGUUUUUCAUUGCCAUGAUCGCAAUGUCGUUUGCUAAAGCAGGAUUUUUAAUUUUCGAAAAUACUUUGAUGGGCGCAUUAGUGAUGAAUGCAGCAAUUGGAAUGGUCCGUUCUUGGCUGCUAGUUCCUCAACCUUUAGUUAUCAUAGAGGACAUUAGCAUUGAUAAAUUUGCAUCUGCUUAUGGUAUUUUUGCGGUUGUCAAUGGUAUCGUCUCGAUUUUUUUAGGUCCUUUUAUUGGGUUUGUUAAGGAUUGGACCGACAGCUACCGAGUUUGCCAAUACGCUAUGUUAGGAAUGAAUUCCAUUUUCGUCAUUCCAUGGGCUUUGCAGUUUAUUUUCGUAGAUCUUCUAAAAUGGAGGAAGGAGCGACGAAACAAAAUUUUAUCAUCCUCCCUAAAUUAAUGCAAAUGGAGAGAGAUGGAGAAAGACCAGUAAUUAGUAUAAGUAUUCAAUAGAAUAGGUGUAUAGAAAUUGAAGGCGUUAAAUACGAUAAUAGUAAUAGCGGAAAUAAGAAAUAAUUAUACUCUCUAUCGAUUAUAUUAUAUCACAAUAAUUUUAUAUGACGAUUCGUAUCGAUCGUCCAUUUAUAUAUAUUUCGUUAAAGAACGUUUAUUUUAUUCCUCGCUUAUUUCUUAUUUUGCAUUUCUUCUGAUCGCAUAGUGAAUGCAAAUAUUACGACACUUUCAUGAAGACGAGAUGCUUUAGUAUUGUAGACAAAACAUAUUUCUAUGAACGAUAACAUGAUUAUAUUUAUUCAAUAUAAUUACGAAUGAAAUAGAUUUAAUUUUCUAAUUAAUUAUCAUAUGUAGUAGUUAUCAUUUUUAUUUGUACUGAUUUAAUGUUACAAUUGUUGUUUGCGUUGAUAUUGUAUGUUUUAAGCUAUAUUUACUCUAAGUCUAAAUUAAGAAUAUUAAUUCAAGUAUAUCCUUUAAAAAUUAUUUUACGGUAUAACAUUUAUAAUACGAGCGAUAUCAAUCGUAGUUUAAGUACAACUUUCUUGAGCAACUUUUUGGCGUGGCUCGAUUUUUAUAUUGAAACCAUCAGAUCUCUUCAGAAUAAUAUCAACCUGUAGUUGAAAAUCGUUUUCAGAUACAUCGGCUAGAAUCUUAUAGUUUCUUAGAAUUGUUGAUAUAAGUACUUUCAGCUUUAACAAUGCGUAUUUGCGUCCCACGCAGGAUCUUCAAAAUAAUUAUAUAGUUAUUUAAAAUCUGAUUAAGACAAAAGCUAGAAGGAUA